AUGAAGCUCGUUGCCACUGCGCUAUCUCUACUUGCCGCUUCUCAGUCGCUUGCAAGCCCCACGCCAAAAUCGAGCGAUGUCUGGAUCGGCUUGAACUUGGAACAGUGUCUCACCAAUGCCACCACCAUCCCUCCGCCAAAUCUGGUGGCCCAGAAAGAGACAGCUCGGAAAGUCAUAGCAGGUUACAACGCCUGGGACAGAGACAGCAUCUUGGAAUACCGGGCCCCCGAGUGCGAGCAACAAGUCCUGCCUGCCUCUAUGAACCGGGCUGCGCAGAGCAACGACGAAUACGGCGCCUAUUUCGAUAGGAUCAAGUCUCUAUACUCAGACUUUACCGUUACUGUCAUGGAAGAAAUCCAUGAUGCUGAGGCACACAGUUGUAUUAUACACGCGUCUAGCACGGCGAGCACAGCUAUUGGGCCGUAUGCGAACGAGUAUGCGUUGAUUAUAGAGUUUACGAAAGACGGCAAGAACGUUACCAAGAUUUAUGAGUUUGUCGACUCAGAUUACUCUAAGAAAUUCGUCGCAGAGCUAGCGAAGCAGGAGCCCGCUCAAUAA